AUGGCGGCUAUGGAAGCUAGUGGCAGCAGUGGGAAAGGGCAGGGACCCGAGACCUCCGUCACCUACUACCGGCUGGAGGAGGUGGCAAAGCACAACUCCUCAAAGGAAAUAUGGCUGGUGACCCACGGACACGUCUACCAGAUCACCCACUUCCUCAGUGAGCUUCCUGGUGGAGAAGAGGUUCUGCUGGAACAAGCCGGUGCAGAUGCAAGCGAAAGCUUUGAAGAUGUGGGCCACUCCUCUGGCGCCAGAGACGUGCUCAAGCAGUGCUAUACUGGUGACGUCCAUCCGAGUGACCUUAAGCCUGAAGGUGGUAGCAAGGACCCUUCCAAAGAGAGUGCGUGCAAACGCUGCGGAUUUUCUUGUAUUUUCCCCAUCGUCGGCGCUGUUCUCUUAGGUUUCCUGUAUCAUUACUACCCACAGAAAGCAAACCCUCCUGAGGAGAUCUUGCUGAAGUCUGAAAGGCACAUCUACUUGGGAGUGGAAACUAGACACUUGCCUGGGGCUGUAGUGGCGCUCUCUCCUCGAAUCUCGCCGAGCCCAAACUGCUUCCACUCUGGCCUGUAA